GAGAGAGAGAGAGAGAAAAGCUUGAGUUUACAAACUUUCCAUCGGGACACAAACUCCGUCAGCGGACGCCGCAAAGUUACGCAGCGGAGGAGGAAUAUCGCUCAAAACUCUCAAUGCGGGACAACAUGACAUACACUUUUGUAGCUUUAUGACAACUUUUUAAAGACUUUGAAAGACUUUUUUAAGUAGACCGAAACUACUUUUACCAAAGAGCAGGGGAAAAAAAAAAAACAGGCCCAGCCAAAGAACUUCCUACGAUUUCCAGGAUUAAUUUUUAAUCGAGUAUUUUCAUACGAUUUUUGGGGUUUGUGUAUUUUUAUAUCGAACAAAAUGAGCAGUAACCCUCUCCAGCCGUUACCGGGCCAGCAGGUGAUCCAUGUCGCCAAAGACCUCGACACGGAUCUGGAGGCUCUGUUUAACUCGGUGAUGAGCCCCAAGCCCAGCUCCUGGAGGAACAAGCAUCUUCCCGAGUCGUUUUUCAGGGAGCCGGACUCGGGCUCGCACUCCCGGCAGUCCAGCACCGACUCCGGCAGUCUCCCGCCGCGCUGCCAGGCUGCGCAUGUCCGCUCGCAUUCCUCCCCGGCUUCGCUGCAGCUGCCCGCGGCCGCGCUGGGCGCUCCGAGCCCCGGGAGACACCACUCUCACACCCGCCACCAGUCCUUCGAUGUGGCCGAGGAGCUGCCGCUGCCGCCGGGCUGGGAGAUGGCGUACACCCCCAGCGGACAGAAGUACUUCCUCAAUCACAUUGAGAAGAUCACCACAUGGCAUGACCCCAGGAAGACCAUGACACCCUCGGUGACCCAGAUGGGUCUGCACAAUCAAGCCUCCAACAACGGCAACAUACAGCAGCGCUCCAUGGCCCUCUCUCAACCCAACCUCGGACAGUUGCCCGAGGGUUGGGAGCAGGCCGUCACCCCUCAGGGAGAAACAUACUUCAUUGACCACAAAACCCAAAGCACCUCAUGGCUGGACCCGCGGGUGGUGCUGAACCAGCAGGCCCACCAGCAGCACCUCCAGCAGCAGCAGCAGCAGCAGGUCCAGGUGCAGGCGCAGGCGCAGGUCCAGGUCCAGGUCCAGGGCUCCCAGCAGCAGAACUCUCAGCCCAUGAUGAACAUGAGCAGCCCCAUGAGUGCCCAGCAGCACCAGCAGAAGAUGAGGCUCCAGCGCAUCCAGAUGGAGCGAGAACGCAUCCAGAGGAGGCAGGAGGAGCUCCUGAGACAGGAGGUGGCGCUCCGGCAGCUGCCCAUGGACUCUGAUAAUAUGGCACCGGUGGCACCAAACAUCAGCUCUCCGCCAAUGACGCAGGGCAACAUGCCCAACAACAGCUCAGACCCCUUCCUCAACAGUGGGCCGUAUCACUCGCGGGAGCAGAGCACAGACAGCGGGCUGGGACUGGGCUGCUACAGCAUCCCCACCACUCCUGAGGACUUCCUCAACAGCAUGGAGGAGAUGGACACAGGUGAGAACAUGGUGCCGGUCAGUAUGAACGUCCCCCAGCAGAGCCGUUUCCCAGACUUCCUGGACUCCAUGCCCGGCACCAACGUGGACCUGGGCACCCUGGAGGGCGCCGACCUCAUGCCCAUCCUCAACGACGUGGAGUCGGUCCUGAACAAGAGCGAGCCCUUCCUGACCUGGCUCUAGACUCACACACACCACACUAAAGACUCUUUUAUAUAAAUAUAUAUAUAUUAUAUUAUAUAUUCAAUCAGCUUCUUCCUCUAGUUUUACUGUUUAGGUGUCAGAUUUGUUCCCUCACUUCACCACGAGUCGAAGAACAAUACCAAAGUGUUUAGCCUGCGAACAAAUAAGCGAGCACGCGUCAAUCAAAGUGUAGUGGAGGAGGACAGACGUGUUUGUUUAGUAACUGAUGUUGGGUAGAUGUGAUUCUGACUGCGUUUGUUUUCAGAAUGAUCGCAUUGAUAGCGGAAACGCCUGAGUAUUGUCUGAUCAUGUUUAACAGGCUGUUAACCUGUUGUGUGUUUAACCCAGAGUUAGGGUUAGUCAAGCUUUACUGGGUGAGUCUCAUCGAACCUGUCAACAACUUAUGCAAGCUUAUUUCCGCCACGGAAUAAAAUUAUAAGAAGGUAAUUGUGGCUUUAUUCCCAAUUUUGACAGUUUUUCUCGCAAUUGUGAAUUUAUGUCUCGCAAUUCUGCAUGUAGUCAGAUGUAACUGAGAAUUCUGAGAAAAAAGUCAGAAUUACGAGAUUUAAACACUCAAUUGUAAUUAAAAAAAGAUAGAAUUACAAGAUGCAAGCUCACAAUACUGACUUUUUUUCUCGGGAUUGUGAGUUUAGUUCUUGUAAUUCUGACUUUACUCAAAACUGCGAAUUUUGACUUUUAUCAGAAUUGUUGGUUUAUAACUCACAAUUUCAAGAUAUAAAAUCGCAAUUGCAAAAAAAAGUCAAAAUUGUGAGAUAAAAAGUAACAAUUAAAUUUUUUUGUUGUUUGUUUUUUUUUUUUUUUUGGGAAAUAAAACGAAUUUGUAUAUUUCUUGGCAGAAAUAAGCUUUGAUAAAAAAUAAAUAAAUAAAUAUUUGGAUCAAUAACAAGAAGUAAAUACCUAAAGAAAAUUAAGCUAGUUUUUAGGACCAUUAUUAUUUUUUGAAUAAUAAUUAAGCACAUUUGCCUUAAAAACACUAAUGCGAAUCAUGACUGAGAAUAAGAAUUACAAACAAACUCAAAAAUAGAACAAUCAAAUGUGUUACAGUAAUGUGAUUUUUUUUGUAUGACAGUAAUGCAAAAUGAGUUUUGUUGGUGUUUGUUUUUGAUUUAGAUGUUAAUAUUUCUCAAGGGUGUUUAAUUGUCAGAAAAUCGUAGUGGUCCUUACAUUUUCAUGAGAUUCACCCUGCUUUUUCACUUUUUGCCAAAUCAGUAGCACAAGUGUGCCUGUCAAAGCUUUACAUUGUGACUUUAUAUCCAACGAAUAACUAUUUCAGAUGUGUUUUACUUUUUAUUCCAGUUUAGCUAUUGUGUGAAGCUCAUGAUGGCAUUUGUAGACAAGCGUUUCAUAUCAUAUAUGUUUUUAUGUACUGCUACAGUAUUCCUAUUUUCUAUUCUGUGCUCUUGACAUCUGGUGCAUUUAAUUAGUUUGCAGUUUAGUAUUUAUCAAGAGCUAUGAACUUCUUUUUAAAUAGAUUUUAGAUUUGUUUCCUUUUUUCAGGAAUUUUAAAUGUUUUCGAAGCACUACAAAUAUGCCAAUACUGAUCUAGUCCCUCGAAAUCUUCAGGGAAUAUCUAUUAAGUAUUUUCUGAUACCAGAGAUAAUUUUGCCUUCAUUUGGAUGAUUUUUAGGGGCCGACACUUGUUUUUUCUUGAUUUAAGUAUCCCGGCUGAAAUCCAGUUCAAUAUAUAAACAUAAAUAUGUUGUUGUUGUUUUUUUUUUUUCUACACAGGUCUAAUUUUGUAUUGCAUGUUUGAUCUGUUUGAUAUUCAUAGCAUCGGGGGUGUAUAGACCCACCUCACCGUGACUUCUUUAUUGUUUAUGGUUAUGUUAUAGAUGGGUUAUGAAUUGAAGUGUGUUGGAUUUGUGGAUUGGGCAGACGGGGUGAUUUUUAGUAGCUGUAGGUCAAACUGAGCUCAUGACGUCCUUCAUGAGGACCGAACGGUUAAGUAGCGGGUCAGAAAGAGCCGAUACGAGCUGUUCUCGAACCCGAGUGACCUCAGAGAUGUCCAGCCGUUGGUUUCUUCAGUUAAGGACUAAGGACGAGAUCGGGUGGACUUGAGUGGCCCGUUCUGCUUCAGACACUCAGCAAGAGGGACCGUUUAAUGAUUUAAACAAUUUUCUAUGAUAUUAACUGCUUUUUCAGAACCUAAAUCAUGCAAUAUCUCACAGAGUUGAAUAUAUGGCUUCAGAUACAUAAAAUGCCGAUUUGUUUUUUUGUUGUGUUAUGGUGUGAGAUGAAAUCUGGUGUGCCAUCUCUACCGGUUGAUGCCAGACUUAUGUAGCGCUCUACGCUUCAGUGUGCUUUAGGUUUUGUAAGAUUGAAUGUUGGUCACAUGCUGGAAGGCUCAGAAAACAAACUGCGUACCACAGAAAUAUGAUGGUGGUGUACUGUACGUGAAAAAUGUGGUUGUACCCUCUAAGAAAUCUCUAAAAUUGUCAGUGAAAUCAAAAAGGAAAAGAAUAAAAUGGUUUUAUUAGCA